AUGGCUGGCAAGAAAAUUCUCAUAGUGGUUACUAAUGUAUCCAAGUAUCCUACACUUCCAAGAGCUACAGGACUUUGGCUCGGAGAAGCUGUGCAUUUCGUCGACAAAGUAACCAAAGCAGGUUAUCAAGUGGAUUAUGUCUCGCCUCUAGGAGGUUACACCCCUAUGGAUCCCAUGGGUUUGGCGGAUACUGACGAGCUCAGCUUUGACUACUACCAAAACAGGGAUUUCAUGAACAAAUUAGGUACUACUUUGAAGCCUUCUCAAAUAAAUCCUGAUGAUUACUUGGCUAUCUACUUUACUGGAGGUCAUGGCGUCGUAUUUGAUUUUGUUAAUAACACUGAGUUGCAGAAAAUCAGUGCCAAGAUCUAUGAAAACAACGGCUAUGUCACUGCUGUUUGCCAUGGUUCUGUUGGAUUGGCCAACAUCAAGCUUUCUUCUGGUGAAAAUCUUAUUAAGAACAAACAGGUCACCGGCUUCAGCAACGAUGAGGAAAGGCAAGUCAAGUUGGAUAAGGUUUUACCUGUUUUAACCGAAGAUUUGUUGAAGUCCAAGGGUGGAAUUUACGUCCAGACUAAGAAACUUUGGGACAGCUUUGCUGUCACCGAUGGUCGUUUAAUUUCAGGCGAAAAUCCUGCUUCGGCAGGUGCUGUUGCUGACCAACUUCUUACUGCUUUAAAACAGAAAUAA